AUGGGUGCGACGUCCGGCAUUGGCCGUGCAACAGCGGUGCUUUUUCAUCGGCUGGGCGCAUCGGUUGUUGUGACCGGUCGAAAUUCAAAACGACUGAAAGAACUGGAAGAGGAGCUGAGCGAUGGCAAGGACAGUGUUUUGGCCGUUGCGAGCGAUCUCACGAACGAUGACGAUAUCCGUGCACUCGCGAAAGCAGCUGUUAAAAAAUUUAAUACUUUGGACAUUUUGGUCAAUAACGCUGGUAUCAUUGAAACGGGCACUAUUGAAAGUACCACGAUGGAGCAGUUUGAUCGGAUAAUGUCGGUCAAUUUGCGUGCCAUGUUUUAUUUGACGAAACUGUUGCUGCCACAGUUGACUGCUUCCAAAGGUUCCAUCGUCAAUGUGUCGAGCGUGAACGGAAUCAGAGCGUUUCCUGGUGUUCUGGCAUAUAAUAUGUCAAAAGCUGCAGUAGACCACUUCACACGUUGUGUUGCGUUGGAGUUAGCUUCGAAAGGAGUUCGCGUCAAUUCAGUCAAUCCUGGCGUUACGAAAACCGAUCUGCACAAGCGAGGUGGCAUGGACGAAUCGGCAUAUCAAGCAUUCCUGGAACAUUCAAAGACAACUCAUGCGCUGGGGCGUGUCGGUGAUCCAACAGAAAUUGCAAAUGCAAUUGCAUUCUUGGCGAGCAGUGCGUCAUCGUUUAUUACUGGUUCGUCGGUCCCAGUCGAUGGUGGCCGACACGCAAUGUGCCCACGUUAG